AUGUCCUGCCAACAGAACCAACAGCAGUGCCAACCUCGUCCAAAGUCCCCUCCCAAAUGCAUCCCAAAGUGCCCCCCAAAAUGCCCUCCAAAGUGCCCACCUCAGUGCCCAGCUCCAUGUGUCUCUCCAGUCUCUUCUUGCUGUGGGCCUGGCUCCAAGAUCUGCUGUGUCUCUGGGGCUGCUGUGUCUCUGGGACUGCUACGGCUCUGGGGGCUGCUGCGUCUCUGGGGGCUGCUGCGGCUCUGGGGGCUGCUUUAG